CCGAGUCUCGCCUCUCGUUGAUGUGGGUGGUGACAUGUGCGGCAUUACGGUGCGUUGGUAGCUCGAAGGCCUUGGCCGGCUUGGGUAGCGGCCCUUGGCUGUCUUACUCGCCGUCUUGCUACCUCCAUGCUCUGUAUUCUUACAACCGAGACUGCUGCAAGACGCGCGUCUACCUUGCCGGGCACUUAUCACCAACCGCAAGCAACAAGAGCCGAGCCGUGUGGGGCUCACCAUCCAUUCCCCGUUGCAGGGGCAUCGGCGGCUAUCCCGGGAAAGAGCAGCAUUAGUCGUCCUGCUUUUCGGGCUUCCUGCCCCAUAAGUGAACUAAUGUCGGGGCAUCAACCACCGACAUCAAGCCCCCACCUCUCGACCUAACAGAGUUCAAGCUCUGAGCUUCUGGACCAGCAGCAUCCAUCCCUUUCCCUCCACCAUAUUUCACCUCCACGCACCUCCUCUAUGCUGGCUUAACCUCUUUAUCUCGAAUCUGGCAAGGUCUUCCAGAUAGCCUGCAAGGGAGAAGCGCAUGGCUUUGCUCAUAUAAUUCACUUCUAACGAUACCUGGUGGCAUUCUUCUUUUUUCUUGUAGCCUGGGCCGCUGUGAUCUCGCCAUCUGGGUGUUUUAAUUCAAAGGCCAGUCGAACGCGUGGGGUUUGUGUGUAUAACAGGGUGUCUUCCUUCGGCGACUCUGUCCUUCUUACUUCCUGUCCUUUCUCUCUCAUCCAUCAACUUUAUCAUCAUCACCUUACCACCACCCCUCGCCAUGUCUUCCGUCAGGGACUUCCCCACAAUCAAGGAGGUGCGCUCCUUUGUGAUUGAAGGUGUCGGUUCAGGCGGUGAUUACCACAACGUCAAAGGCGGCCACUGGCUGAUCGACUCGCCCAUUUCGACCCCCUGCUCGAGGUGGGAGAAAUACCGCAGCUCGCGGACCAGCUGGGGCAUCAACGUGCUCGGCUCCUUCUUCGUGGAGAUCGAGGCCAGCGAUGGCACGGUCGGCUACGCGACUGGCUUCGGCGGCCCGCCGGCGUGCUGGCUCGUGCACCAGCACUUUGAGCGGUUCCUAAUCGGGGCCGACCCCAGGAACACCAACCACCUGUUCGAGCAGAUGUACAGGGCGUCCAUGUUCUACGGGCGCAAGGGCCUGGCCACGGCCGUCAUCUCGGUCAUCGACCUGGCCAUCUGGGACCUCCUGGGCAAGAUCCGGAACGAGCCCGUGUACAAGCUCAUCGGGGGCGCCACCAAGGACCGCCUGGACUUUUACUGCACCGGCCCGGAGCCAACGGCGGCCAAGGCCAUGGGGUUCUGGGGCGCCAAGGUUCCGCUGCCGUACUGCCCCGAGGAGGGCCACGCGGGGCUCCGCAAGAACGUCGAGUUCCUGCGCAAGCACCGCGAGGCCGUCGGCCCGGACUUCCCCCUCAUGGUUGACUGCUACAUGUCGCUCAACGUGUCGUACACGAUCGAGAUCGCAAAGGCGUGCCUGGACCUCGACAUCAACUGGUGGGAGGAGUGCCUGAGCCCCGACGACACGGACGGGUUCGCGCAGAUCAAGCGCGCGCACCCGACGCUCAAGUUCACGACGGGCGAGCACGAGUACUCGCGAUACGGGUUCCGCAAGCUCGUCGAGGGCCGCAACCUCGACAUCAUCCAGCCCGACGUCAUGUGGCUCGGCGGCCUGACGGAGCUGCUCAAGGUCUCGGCCAUGGCGGCCGCCUACGACAUUCCCGUAGUGCCGCACGCCAGCGGGCCGUACAGCUACCACUUUGUCAUUUCGCAGCCAAACACGCCGUUCCAGGAGUACCUGGCCAACUCGCCCGACGGCAAGAGCGUGCUGCCCGUCUUUGGCGACCUCUUCACCGACGAGGUCAUACCCACAAAGGGCUUCCUGACCACGGCCGACCUGGACAGGCCCGGCUUCGGCCUGACGCUCAACCCUACCGCGCGGUCCAAGAUGAUCCCGGCCAACCUGCUCCUGAAUCCCGCUCCCGCCAAGGCGCUGAUUAGUGGUGACGUCCCAGCCAACGGCGCCAAGGUUGAAGAACAGAAGUAGUGAGAGGCCGGUCGGCGUUUUUGAUAUGGACUUUUUUUAUUGGACUUUUUUUUUCAUCCUAUUGGUUUAGGAGGUGGCAGGCAGUUCGUAUGCAUCCACAUCAUCUCGACAGAAUGAAAACAUACCCCAGUCCUAGCCAAAAAUCCGAGGCAUACUAUGGAUGUCCAGGCCCCUCUGGCAGGCAAUGGGCAAUGACGUGGCGGUGGCCCGAAACAUCAAUUGAAUCUCGCUGUAAAGCACCCCGAGGAUCGCGGGGUCACCCCUACUCGACGAGGCUAAACUCCCCGCAUGACGGCGGAGGCCCCCGCUG